CUCCAAAAGAAAAGGAAAAAGAAAAGAAAAAAGAACGAAACUUUGAGAGAUAGAGACCAGAGUGGUAGAAAGAGAUACAAUCAAUUCACUACAGCGACGACAACAAGAAAAUAUAGCCAGAAGCACACCCACUUCGGGCUCCUUCACCCAGGUAGCUACGGCAGGAUCCAUUGUGAGGCAAUCUCUUCAGGUGGCGGUUCACUUGGCCGUUUGUACUGUGAAUAUGAGUUUUGCUGGCUCUUCCGUUGUCUCUGGUGUUAAAACUGCCAGAAAGGCAAUUGAGUUUGGUAAAACCCACGUAGUGAGGCCCAAGGGAAGACACCAAGCUACUGUUGUCUGGCUUCAUGGUCUUGGUGAUAAUGGCGCAAGCUGGUCGCAGCUCUUGGAGACCCUUCCCCUACCAAAUAUUAAAUGGAUAUGUCCAACUGCACCUACUCGACCGAUAGCUUUAUUUGGUGGCUUCCCUUCUACUGCUUGGUUUGAUGUGGAAGAUCUUUCAGAAGAUGGUCCAGAUGACUUAGAGGGGUUGGAUGCUUCAGCCGCUCACGUUGCAUAUUUGUUAUCAACAGAGCCAUCUGACAUUAAGCUUGCUGUAGGAGGGUUCAGUAUGGGAGCAGCUACUGCGCUUUACUCAGCGACCUGCCAUUCACUGGGAAAAUAUGGGAAUGGCAAUCCUUAUCCAGCCAAUUUGAGUGCAGUUGUGGGGCUUAGUGGCUGGCUUCCAUGUUCAAAGACUUUGAAGAGCAAGAUGGUUGAGAUGAAAGCUAGUAAUAGUGGAGCAGGAUCAUUGCCUGUUUUGCUAUGUCAUGGCAAAGUUGAUGAUGUGGUUCUUUAUAAAUUUGGAGAGAAAUCUUCACAGGCAUUACGUUCAUGUGGAUUUCAAGACGUGACGUUUAAAUCCUACAACACACUUGGGCACUACACCGUUCCUGAAGAGAUGGAUGAGGUUUGCGCCUGGUUAACUUCAAAGUUGGGGCUAUAGAGGGAGGAGGAAGGGAAAGCUCUUCAGAUUGCACCAUCUUUACUUAUGAUGUUUAGACAAAUUCUUUGCCCUACAGUUUACUGGGAACAAAUUUGGCGUGAUAUAUAUAUAUAUAUAUUAUACUAUAUUCCUUUUGAACCUAUAUUUGAUAUGGUUUUUACACCAAGAUUGGAAGCUGCAGAGAUACCCUGACCCAUGGAAUUUGGAUUACUGUAUCCUACACUUGAUUGUUACUCUUCACUAUAUAUCAUUUUCCUGCGUGUUUUGCUUCAUGUUCCAUCAGACAGUUUUGUCUCAAAUUUGUGUACCUUAACUAUUGUGAGAUGAACGAUGAAUCUGAUUA